CGUUGGGAGCCCAGAUGAAGAGGCAGCCGGAGGAGAGCUCCGGGGCGCUCAGGACCGGCGGGCGCACCUUUCCCAGCGCUUUCCGCCCAAGGGGAGGUUCAUCCCUCCGACUCCCACCGGAAGAUCUCACCCAGCUGGAACCAAGUACAGAGAACAAGUAGAAAGAGCGCUCAGUUCUGGGUCCUAAAAAGUGAGCCUGCUCUCCGAUUUGCAGAGGCAGAAGUGCAGCGGCGGCGGCGGCAGCCAGAGAAAGGUGCAAUUGCUUCAGGAAGAGCUCCUCUCCUGUUCUCCCGACUGGGUCAGCACCAUGGCAUCCGUCCUGGGGAGCGGCAGAGGGUCUGGAGGGCUAAGUAAUCAACUCAAAUGCAAGUCCAAGCGGCGGCGGCGGAGGAGGUCCAAGAGGAAAGACAAAGUAAGCAUAUUGUCAACCUUCCUCGCUCCCUUCAAGUACCUAAGUCCUGGCACCACCAACACGGAGGAUGAAGACAAUCUAAGUACCAGCAGCACUGAAGUGAAGGAAAACCGUAAUGUGAGCAACCUGGGAACCAGGCCCCUGCCACCAGGGGACAGGGCCAGAGGAAGCACACCCAGCAUAAAAAGGAAAAGGCCCCUGGAGGAAGGGAAUGGGGGCCAUUUCUGCAAACUGCAGCUGAUCUGGAAGAAGCUCUCCUGGUCGAUGACGCCCAAGAACGCACUGGUCCAGCUGCACGAGCUGAAGCCAGGCCUCCAGUUCCGGAUGGUGUCGCAGACAGGCCCCGUGCACGCCCCUGUCUUUGCCGUGGCUGUGGAAGUGAAUGGGCUCACAUUUGAGGGCACGGGGCCCACCAAGAAGAAAGCCAAGAUGCGGGCGGCAGAGCUGGCGCUGAAGUCCUUUGUGCAGUUCCCCAAUGCUUGCCAGGCCCACCUGGCCAUGGGCAGCGGCACCAGCCCAUGCACGGACUUCACCUCUGACCAGGCUGACUUCCCAGACACGCUGUUCAAGGAGUUUGAGCCGUCCACACCCAGCGAGGACUUCCCAAACUGCCGCCCGGUGGACACCGAGCUGCUCUCCACAGCCUACCGGCAAGGGCGGCUACUCUACCACACUUUGGACCUCAUGGGCCAGGCCCGGCCAGACAGGGCCAGACCGGCCCCCGCAGCCCUGGGUGAGAGGAACCCAGUGGUAGUGCUGAAUGAGCUGCGCUCGGGCCUGCGGUACGUGUGCCUCUCCGAGGCGGCCGAGAAGCCCCGAGCCAAGAGCUUCGUCAUGGCCGUGUGCGUGGACGGGAGGACGUUCGAAGGCUCAGGACGCAGCAAGAAGCUGGCCAAGGGCCAGGCCGCACAGGCCGCCCUGCAGGCCCUCUUCGACAUCCGGCUGCCCGGCCACACCCCCAGCAGGAGUAAAAGUAACCUCUUGCCACAGGAAUUCGCUGACUCCGUGUCCCAGCUGGUCACGCAGAAGUUCCGUGAGCUGACAGUUGGCCUGACAUCCGUGCACGCCCGCCACAAAGCGCUGGCAGGAAUCGUCAUGACCAAAGGCUUGGACACCAGGCAGGCACAGGUCAUCGUCCUCUCCUCGGGCACCAAGUGCAUCAGCGGCGAGCACAUCAGCGACCAGGGGCUGGUGGUCAACGACUGCCACGCGGAGAUCGUGGCCCGGAGGGCGUUCCUCCACUUCCUCUACGCUCAGCUGGAGCUGCACCUGAGCAAGCGAAGAGAGGACUCGGAGCGAUCGAUAUUCGUGCGUUUAAAGGAGGGAGGCUACAGGCUUCGAGAAAAUAUCCUCUUCCAUCUCUACGUGAGCACGUCCCCCUGCGGAGAUGCGAGACUCAACUCUCCCUACGAAAUCACCACGGACCUGAAUAGCAGCAAACACAUCGUCAGGAAGUUCCGCGGUCACCUGCGCACCAAGAUCGAGUCUGGGGAGGGCACAGUCCCCGUCCGGGGCCCCAGUGCAGUCCAGACGUGGGACGGCAUCCUGCUAGGAGAGCAGUUGGUCACCAUGUCCUGCACGGACAAGAUCGCCAGGUGGAACGUCCUGGGACUGCAAGGAGCUCUCCUCUGUCACUUCAUCGAGCCCGUGUACCUCCACAGCAUCGUCGUGGGAAGCCUGCACCACACGGGCCACCUGGCACGGGUCAUGAGCCACAGGAUGGAGGAUAUCGGUCCGCUGCCCGCAGCGUACCAACACAACAGGCCUCUUCUCAGUGGGGUGAGCCAGGCAGAGGCACGGCAGCCGGGGAAGUCGCCCCACUUCAGCGUGAACUGGGUCGUGGGCAACGCGGACCUGGAGAUCAUUAAUGCCACCACUGGCAAGAGGAGCUGCGGGGGCUCGUCCAGGCUCUGCAAGCACGUGUUCUCUGCCCGCUGGGCCCGGCUGUAUGGUAGGCUGAGCACAUGGACACCAAGCCACGGAGACACACCAUCCAUGUACUGUGAGGCCAAGCUGGGGGCUCACACCUACCAGUCUGUCAAACAACAGCUGUUUAAGGCUUUUCAGAAAGCUGGUCUGGGCACCUGGGUGAGGAAACCUCCGGAGCAAGACCAGUUUCUACUAACUCUCUGAGUCACUGGGCUCCUUUGCGACUGGACUAUAAUGAAACCCUGAAGAGGAGGCAGCCACGUGUGGAGCCACGUGUGGAGCCCUGUGGUGUACCCGUCAGUCCUCGGCAUUUAUUUUCCUUCAGUGUUCCAGAAUCACACAAGUGUUCAACGUUGGGAUGAGCAACUAGGUUUUCACUGGGGACCGGCUGCUUCCCCCCAGGCUGCUAGCCCCCAGGGCCCUGCCCAUCACAUCUGGAGGUUAAAGUGCCGUUGCUUAGCUCCAUCUCUUCUUGGUGGUGUCAAAGGGAAAGCUUCUAUUUGGGUUUAGUGGCAACCUUGAAAUGUGGUACUGAAGUGUGACCAGUUAGACAAAGCCUCCUGCACCAUCCCCUGAGCUUCCCUCACCUUCUGUGAGCCUCCUAGUGACGUGUUUGAGUCUCAUUAGCACAUGUUGAUGUGACACUUCAAGAUAAGCCACAAGUAAAGAGAGAAGCCAUGGGCUCACCCAGCCCAAGGAAACCAACAGGAAUGCUCUAUUAUUUUCAUUCUUCUUUUAGAUCACACCACCUCUUUUCAAAAAGGAUUUGAGAUGAACAACAUUAAGAAAAACUAAAACAGGGCAAGAGAAAUGAAAACCAUUCUUGCCAUGCAGAGGAAGAGUAAGCCAAGGCAGGCACCAGUGAAUUGCCACUGUGCUGCAAGGAAGCCAUUUCCACAGGUCCUGCUCGCUGAGCCUUGCAACCCGAGGCACGCCUACUCAGUCAGUCACAGCUCUUAGUUUCCUUUGGGUAACGAGAGGCAUGGAAGUUUGAGUCACGUGAUGGUUAGCCACCACCCUACAAUUCCCCUCCCAGGUAGCAGGGAAACUGAGUCCUGGACCAAAUCUAACUUUUUAACUAAAUUUUUAUUAGAAACAAAGUCCAAAAGAACACAUUCAAAACAAUCUUUCAGCUUGAAAAGCUGCUGCCUCUCUAUUCUGUCAGGUUCUCCAAUCACCUUCUUAUAUGACAAAAAAAAAUAUUAAUUCAUGACAGCUGCCAAAAUGCAAGAGGCAGAUUCUACCACCUUCAGAACAGGCAUCAGGGUUCACAGCUGGACACAGGACCGUUCAGCAUCAUCUGCUAAGAGGAGAGGUGCUGCGUCCGUCGGAGGGGGAGGCCCUUCUCAAACACGUCUGUGGUCAACCCAUGUUCCUCGAGUUCUUGCUAACUACCAUGGAGAACUCAUUUCUAACAUUCGUCAUGCUAGUUGACAAGUGUCUAAUUUCUCCAAUUAGAACAUUCCUAUCUGAAAUGCAUUAUGCUAAAUCAUAAGUAUAGAAGUAGGCACCUCUGGAGUAUGGGCUUCCUAGUUAGAAUUCCAACUGCCACUCCCCAAAAGGGCAAGCAUUACAUCACGCUGUAUAUAUUCUAGCACAUGUUACAAAUAUCAUAACGAUGAGGCAAAAAAGAAACAAAUCGAGUUGUAGCUAUUUGAUACAAGAAAAUAAGAAAUAGCACUAUUAGUAUGAAAAUAGAAACUUUUUGUGGGAUGUAACAUAAGAUCGAAUUUAAUGCUCAAGUCCUUUUAGAAAAGAAAAUGGGGUCUCUAGUAGGCAACUACUUCAAGAUAAAGUUUUGAAAGAUAUGAACAUGAUUUUGCAAAUAGAUAAUUCAUGUUAGUCUUUCAUUAAAAUUGAGGAAAUAAAAUGAAAUCUUUAUUUGGUGUAAAGGCUGAGAUCAAAGGACCAGUUUAUAAUGUCUGAUAAUUGGUGCAUCACUAGCAUAACACCUAGAAGAGAACAGAGAAAC